AGAGUAUACAAAAUCCUAGAUUCUCUCAAUCGCAACCUUAUGCAAGUGACAUUCAAUUUUAUGAUGACGGAACAACUCUCAUCCACCUUGUUAGAGAUGAUCCAAUGAAUUCAUCUUGUUUUGAACCCAUAUUACGUAUAAGACUUAUCCAUUUGAAUGGAUCCGUCACUGAAAUUAAUACUGAUUUAAAUCUUGAUUCUGUGAAUUAUUGCUUAUUUAAUAACACACUUACUGGCAAAAUGGAACUAGGAUUUCUUUGUGCCUACAAGAAUGGCACCAACGGUAUCGCAAUCAAUCAUUAUUCAGUUGAUGAAAAUGGAACAUUAUUAUAUUUACAAGACCAAGAUUAUUACAUUGACGAAACUCAAUCUGACAAUGUUACCCUUUUUACGUCAUUGUCCACUGCUGAUGAAGGUUAUGUAAUAUUGUAUGCCAAAUAUUCACGCGAAAUCGAUUUUAUGAGCCAAUUAGGCGGAUUGUAUGCUAGAUUUAUAUCCUACAACAAAACUUACAAUGUCAAUGCCACAGACAAUUCUAUUCCUCUUUUUCAAAUAAUUAGACCUAAUAUGAAAAUUAAAGCGAUUCAUUGUAAUACAUAUUUUGGAUUUUAUUACUAUUGUGUUGCUUCUAUCGACUACAACAACACAGUGAACUAUGAAGAAAUUACGUUUUGUUCAGGACGUACUAUAGGAUCCCGGAAAUUACUUCACACUCCCAACGAAACUAGUGUGCCCUGGGGCCCUGGGGUGUGUGUGUCUUCGACACCUGUUGGCGGAUACGUAUUUUCUGCUGUAGUUGAUACCACUUAUUUUAUUUAUAUUUAUGACGUGCAUUAUUCGAUGGUUAAUUUAACAUAUUUUAAUACAACUGGAAUUAGCGCACAUGGCAUCUUGAAAAAUAAUAAUACUAUUUUAUUCUCUCUGCGAGAUACAAAUAGCAAAAGUACAUCUUGGUCUUGGCUUGCUGUUCAGUUACAAAUACCAGAUUGUAUGUUUAUAAAUACUUAUUCAUAA